AUUCGACCAAUCGCAGUUUAGCUUCCUUUUCCGUAAACCAUAGCUACCUAUCAAACUGUAGCUGCCUAGUCUCCAUUCAGCAAUGAGCUGGACUGAUUAGCUUGGCUAGCUUGGAUUGCUUUAAGUCUUUACUGUACAAAAAUGGCGUCGGUCAACCCGUUUAAUCUCAGUGAUUCCGAGGACGAGGCUGAGCGGCGCCCUAAUGAAACAGUUGACACGGAGAGAAGCCCGAGUGACGGGGCGCCAGGGCCACCGCCAGCCAAUCCUUCCUCGCCUCCUGCGGACGCCGAGCGUCCGACGCUGCUGCUCGCUAGCAACCGGACCAGCCCCAGUGGCGGUGAGGGCAUCUCGGCCGCGGCCCCCUCCGCUAUGGCAGGCUCCGCCGAGACACGAGUAUCAGUUGAUGUCAUCGCUGCUCAGCUGUUGCGGGACCAGUACAUCCUCACGGCACUGGAGUUCCACACUGAACUGCUGGAAGCGGGCAGAGAGCUCCCCAGGCUGAGGGAUUAUUUCUCCAACCCUGGCAACUUUGAGCGACAGAGCGGCACUCCGCCCGCCAAGGACCAGGCGCUCGGACCUGGAGGAGCCCUGAAUCGAGCAAACAGCAUCAGCACCUUGGACUCCUUGGACUUCGCCCGUUACUCAGAUGAUGGCAACCGAGAGUCAGACGAGCGAGUGGCAGUGCUGGAGUUUGAACUACGGAAAGCAAAGGAGACCAUUCAGGCUCUGCGUGCCAACUUGACUCAGGCAGCAGAGAGCGAGGUGCCCUCUCAGGAGAGAAAGAACUUCAAGUCAAGUCUUGAAAUUCAGGAGCCUAUACGCCCACUGGAGAAAAGGGCCUUAAACUUCCUUGUGAACGAAUAUUUAUUGAAAAACGAAUACAAACUGUCAUCCAUCACUUUCUCUGAUGAAAAUGAUGAUCAGGACUUUGAGUUGUGGGAUGAUGUCGGCCUCAAUAUUCCUAAACCCCCAGACCUGUUACAGCUGUACCGGAACUGUGGCACUUCUCUCCCUUCACCUCGGGACACAGUGGAUGUAUCAGUAGGAGUUGAUUUCAGUGAUCUUUCAGGAAACUGCAUCACCCAAGAUCCCCCAAAGAAGCUUGAUCUUUCACAACAGCAACAGACAGAAGUUGUUCAGGAGUUGGAAUACCAGAUCAGCCUUCUCAACAGUGAGAAAGAGAGCCUUGCUGAGCAGAUCAAGAAGCUGCAGAGUGAAAUUCAGACACUAAAGAGGACCGUCUCUUCUUCACCUCCAACUAUUCCUGACUUGGGCAGCCAGAACACAUCUAACCCCUCCUCCUCUUCCACCAACAACACCUCCACUUCCUCUCCUGACCCUCUCUCUGUGCUUCCUACAGAUAAUGGUCAGUACCUGGAUAUUAGAGGGGCUUCUGAGCCUGAAAGGAACUCGCAUCCCUCGACCCACAAUACCUCACAGUCCAAUCAGCAGUCCCACAGCAAGCUUAAGAAUCAGCCUCCUGUUAAAUUUGAUCAGCCAAACAGGAACUUAUCCCCAGCCUUCCAGCAAGCCCUGCUGUCCUUCUGCAGAAUGUGCUCCGACAGCCGCCUUGGAGCAGAGGUGUCGCGUAUAGCUGACAGCGAGGAGAGCGUCAUGCUAAUGCUGGGCCGCUGUCUCCCUCACAUCGUACCCAACGUCCUUCUUGCUAAACGAGAGAGAAUGGUUGCACACCUUUGCCAGGAGUUGAUUCCACUCAUCCUGUGCACUGCCUGCCUUCACCCAGAGCCUAAAGAGAGAGACCAGCUCCUUCAUAUCCUCUUUAACCUAAUUAAGAGGCCAGAUGAUGAGCAGAGGCAAAUGAUCCUGACGGGCUGUGUUGCAUUUGCAAGGCAUGUGGGUCCCACUCGUGUCGAGGCUGAGCUACUUCCUCAAUGCUGGGAGCAGAUUAACCACAAAUAUCCGGAGAGAAGGUUGUUGGUGGCUGAGUCCUGUGGAGCCUUAGCACCGUACCUGCCUAAGGAGAUCCGUAGCUCCCUGGUGCUGUCCAUGUUGCAGCAGAUGCUUGCUGAGGAUAAAGCUGACAUGGUCAGGGAAGCUGUGGUCAAGAGUCUCGGAAUUAUUAUGGGUUACAUAGAUGAUCCUGAUAAAUACUCCCAGGGUUUUGAGCUCAUGCUUCUGUCUCUUGGCGACCCAUCGGAGCGGGUGGUCAGUGCAGUCCACCAGGUCUUCAUUCCUGCCUUUGCUGCCUGGACCACAGAGCUGGGCACUUUGUACACUGCUCUCAUUCCUUCUCUGUUGGCACGGAUCGAAAAGCUGCUUACACAAGGAGAACACAGUCUGGAUGAACACAAGCUACAUGUGUUCCUGUCAGCCCUGCAGUCUCUCAUCCCUCCUCUGUUUGCUGUGGUGCUGCAGAAUGCACCCUUCACCAGCAGAGCCACACUCCACAGAGACACACCUGCAAUAGAGGUGACCCGGUUCCCCAGGCCAGCCUCUCCCCUCCAGGAUGUGGCUACCAUCAUAGGCAGCAGGGAGUUGCUGAGUGCCCUUCUGUUGCUCUAUGACCACCAGCUGGAGCACGAGGGGACCACCAGCUGGGACAGCCUGCUUUGGGUGGUCAAUCAACUCCUUCCUCAGCUCAUAGAGAUUGUGGGUCGCAUCAAUGUGACCUCCUCGACUUGCGUUCACGAGUUCUCUCGCUUUUUCUGGAGGUUUUGUCGCACCUUUGGCAAGAUCUUCACUAACACUAAGGUUAAACCACAGUUUCAGGAGAUUCUCCGGCUAUCUGAGGAGAAUGUUGAUGCUUCAGCAGGAAACGGCAUUCUUACCAAAGCCACAGUUCCCAUCUAUGCCACUGGAGUGCUAACAUGUUAUAACCAGGAAGAGGAUCGCAAGCUGUUGGUUGGUUUCUUAGAGGAUGUUAUGACAACCUUAUCACUGUCUCAUGCACCUCUUGACAGUCUGAAGGCCUCUUUUGUCGAGCUGGGUGCCAACCCUGUGUAUCAUGAGUUGCUGCUGACCGUCCUGUGGUACGGAGUGGUCCAUACGUCAGCACUGGUCCGCUGUACUGCAGCACGGAUGUUUGAGUUGGUUCUCCGAGGCAUGAGUGAAGCAUUAGUAGAUCGCCGGGCGGCUCCGGCCCUUAUAACACUGUGCAGUGGGCCUGAAUUUUCAGUGAGGAUAUCCACCAUUCCUGCUUUUGGGACCAUCAUGGAAACUGUCACACAGAGAGAGCUGCUGGAGCGUGUAAAAAUGCAGCUGGCGUCGUUCCUGGAAGACCCUCAGUAUCAAGAUCAGCAUUCGUUGCACAUGGAGAUCAUCAGGACAUUCGGAAGAGUGGGACCGAAUGCAGAGCCGCGGUUUAGAGAUGAGUUCGUGCUGCCACACCUUCAUAAGCUGGCGCUGGCCAACAACAGCCAGGCAAUAGAGAGCAAGAGGAUUGACAUCGCCACCCAGCUGUUUGAGGCCUACAGCGCUCUUUCCUGUUGUUUCAUUUCUGAGGAGGUGAUGGUCACCCACUUCCUGCCUGGCCUGAGAUGUCUCCGCGCCGACAUGGAGCAGUUCUCCCCUGAGCACGAGGUGAUCCUGAGUUCCAUGAUUAAAGAAUGUGAAAUCAAAGUGGAAAACCGAGCGAUGGCAGACGCACAAGGCUCCAUGUCCAUUGCCUCCAGUUUGGUGGGUGAGGACGCCAAGACCAAGUUCCUGAGCAAGAUGGGUCAGCUGACCACGUCUGGCGCGAUGUUGGCCAACGUCUUCCAGCGAAAGAAGUGAUCACAGCACUGACGCACGCCACAGCAACUGACAAACGGUGGUUCGGCCUAAAGUGGGAAUGAGUCGGGUGUGUUGUUCAUUCAGUAUCAAGAAAACAUUUAAAAUCUCUAGUGCAGAACAUUUUUUAUUUUGGCGGUUUUCACAACGGAAGCCUAGGUUUUUCCAUCUGCUCAUUUUUUUUCGCUCCCGUGAUUAAUAAAGUCUAGGAAUUUGUUCCGUGUUGUUAACAGUGUCAUUUCAGAAAAGAGGGAGACGAAGAGAAACAAUUCUCAGUUUAGAAAGUCGCCCAACGUGACAACAGGGACGUCGUUGCAUUUCUCUGGACUUGAGUGUCACCGACUCGAAUGAGAGCUUCUCUCGGAAGAAAAACUGAUUGGAUGCUGGAUGCCACAUAGACUUGGGUUUUUUUUUAUGCCAUUUGGACUGGAGGUUCUGUGGUAGUGACGUUAACUUGCAUCUGUGAGAGUCGUACUGAAAUGUUAAACCACAAAUUUACUCCGUCUGUUUGGAAAGCGUUGUGCAGAAUGGUGCAUCCGUACGGCUCCGAAGCGUCGCCUACUUGAAGCUAUAAAAAUGUUGUCUUGCCUUUAUUUCUUCUAAAUCGGUUUUGUUUUGUUUUUGUUAAUGUUGUUUUGAUAGCUUCUAUUUUAUAACUUAUUUGUCUUAAUGAAGGAAAAACAUACUUUAUUCCAACUUCCAAAGAAAUUUGCACUUCACUUUAUUAUAUAUAUUUGUUUUAAUUCAGAGUCGUCUAAAUAAUGAACAUUAUCACUACUGCUUAUGGCUAAUGUGAACAUUGAUCACACACAUUCCCGUCCGUUGCAUCGUCCGUCUCUCUGCGUUGGAGUGUCUCUGAUCAUAGUCAUUUUCUUCCUAAAGUGGUUAUUUGUUGUUAUUUUUUUUUGGUUGUUCAUUUUGGACAUGCUCUAAAAUAAACAGUAAAAAAGUGUAUCAUACACUGAACUGGACAUGAUGGUACUCGUGUAUAUUUGACAUUGGUGUCAUGGAGUAAUAAACGAUGGACAUCCCUUGUGUAUUUACA